AUGGGAUAUUUAUUUAAUCCAUCCACGUUUUUCAUUUUCUUUUCUCUUGUCACUCUGCAAUUACUUCAAUUCUGUCACUCUGCAACAAUGGUUGUUGAUGGAGUUUCAGUAUGGAAUCAUCCCAAGGUUCAAAUUGGAGACUCUGUCAUUUUCCAGCACAAAAAUCAGUACAGGCUGUACAUAUUCCGGAACGAGAAAGCAUUCAAUGUCUGCAACUUCACACAAGCUACACUCUUGACAAAGCCCAACUCCACUUCUUACACUUGGCGCAUUUCGCGGGCCGGCUUCUUCUACUUCGCAUUCAACAAUGGCUCAAACGAAGCAUGCCUGCAUGGCCAAAAGCUCGCCGUGGAGGUGGUCCCUUUAGCGCCGCCUCCGCACCAGUCCUCCGCGUCCCCUGAGCUGCCGCCGUCAGUAGAAGCAACGCCGCCCACCUCCGGUGGGACGGUGGCGUCUUCACCGGCGUUCCCAUGGCCGUUUCAGCCAAGAGAAAGCGGUUGGCCGAGCCUUGCACCGGGUUUAAGCCCUGUGUCGCCUGAUAAAGAAGGAAUACCGUUUAUCAACAGCAACCCUGCGGUUCCUCUCCCUACGGGUGAAGUUGAUUCUGCUACAAUUCGUCCUUUGCCUACAUCUGGUUAUCAACACUCUCGAGAGGUGGUGGGGUUUUGUGGAUUUCAUAGAGGAUUGAUUAGUGUAAUCUUGCUAUUAAUUAUGAUCUAGAGAGAGAGAGUAGAGAGAGAGAGAGAGAGAGAGAGAGUUAUGGAUUUAAAGUGGGUUUGAUGAUGAUGAUCAUACCAUAUGUAAUAUUGCUUUCUUUGGCCCUACUUUGAAAUCAUUACCACUUUGUUCUUUACUC